UCCUUCAAGACUGACAGUGGAUUCUCUUUCUUCCCCCCAAAAGUAUAGAGAGCAAAAGAAAUCUUAUUAACUUCUGAAAGACGCAGUAGUAAAGAUGACUAGCUGGACUUCUGGGCUUCGAAUUCUUCCUCUAAUGAUUUUGGUGGGGCAUGGAGCCCUUGGCUUUUCCUCCUUGACCUCGCCAGUAGCAAACAUCGACAAGGAUUGGACUCCUGAUGACUAUGAAUAUAGUGCUGAAUAUUAUGAUCCUGAAACAAUUACAAGUAAUGCAUCUGACUAUCAAGAGUAUACUGGUUGGACCUAUGUAGGAAAUGAUCCAUGCCAGCCCAAUCCUUGCAUGCAUGGAAGUGAUUGUGUUACAAAAGGAGAGAGCUUCAAAUGCAACUGCCCUGCCCCAUUCACGGGGGAAAAAUGUCAAAAUGUACAAGACAUGUGCCAGAGAAAUCCUUGUGUUAGAGGACAAUGUCUUAUUAUCCAGACUCCACCCUAUUAUAAAUGUGCCUGUAACCACCCAUACAGUGGUCCAAACUGCUCAAGAGUCUCUUCGGCAUGUAGACCAAAUCCCUGCAAGAAUGGAGGUGUCUGCAGGCGGAACAGGCGGAGAUCCAAGUUUACAUGUAGCUGUCCCAAUGGAUUCAGAGGGAAAUUCUGUGAAAUAGGUCCUGAAGACUGUUAUGAAGACAAUGGUUUUAGCUACCGAGGAAAAGUCAGUAGGACAAUUAACCAAAACACUUGCCUUCACUGGAACUCUCACCUUCUCUUGGAAGAGGCUUAUAAUAUAUUUAUGGAGGAUGCUGAGGUACAUGGUAUUGGUGAACACAACUACUGCAGGAAUCCAGAUGGUGACAAAAGACCUUGGUGCUUCAUUCAAUUAGACAAGAAAACAGUGACUUGGGAGUCCUGUGACAUCACCUCUUGUUCAUCCUCAGAUGACUCUAGGUUCCCAUGGAGGCCUACUGAGAUCACCACUUCAAAUCUGGAGUUUAGCACCUGUGGGUUGCCAGAAACAGAUGAAAAAAUCAAAAGGAUCUAUGGGGGUUUCAAGAGUACUCCAGGCAAACACCCCUGGCAGGCAUCUCUCCAAGUGUCUCUGCCACUCACUGUCUCAACGCCCAGUGGACACUUGUGUGGAGGCACACUGAUUGAGCCCUGUUGGGUUCUCACUGCUGCACAUUGUGUAAUGUUAAAAGCCAAAGAAGUAAGGGUUGUUCUUGGUGAACAAGACCUGAUGAAGUCUGAAUCCCAUGAGCAGACAUUUAGGGUGGAGAAGAUAUUUGCCCAUCCAGAUUAUCAAGAUGACAGUGAAAUUCCCUAUAAUGAUAUUGCUUUGCUCAAAUUAAAGCCUGUGAAUGGCCACUGUGCUCUGGAAUCUAAAUAUGUAAAGACGGCGUGCAUAUCUGAGGCAUCAUUUCCUUCUCAGACAGAAUGCUACAUUUCUGGAUGGGGAGUUACAUCAAUCGGAAGAGCAUCUCGUCAUCUGCUGGAUGCUAAAGUCCAACUGAUCUCCAAAUCUCAUUGUAAUGCUCCAAACCAAUAUAAUAACUUGAUUGAUGACACUAUGAUCUGUGCAGGGAGACGAGGGACUGACACCUGCCAAGGUGAUUCUGGUGGCCCUUUAACCUGUGAAAGGGAUGGCAAAUACUACCUCUAUGGGAUUGUGAGCUGGGGCUUUAAAUGUGGAAAGAAACCAGGAGUCUAUACUCGGGUGACCAGGUACCACAGCUGGAUCAAGAACACCAUUCAAGAAGAGUCGGGAUCACACUAGUUCCUAAGCCAGUAGCUGAUAAAGGCACAAGUUUUAGCACCUUUAUCUCCAUCCUCCUCUUCAUCACAUUAUUGCCUUGUUGGUUAAAACUAACUAACAAGGAAGGUCCACUCCCAAGAAGCAAACAAUCAGAGAGGAAGAAAGAACAUUGGACCGAUCAAGAUUAAGGAAGAAACCUGCUCCUAGUUCUGACUCUUUCAUUAAUUUGCUGUGUUGGUCCUGGGCAAAUCACUUCCCUUCUCUGGACCUCAGUUGUACAGAUGAGUCUGUACCAUGGAGGGGCAGUUGGAUUGUGUGGUCUUCAAGGUCCCUUCUAGCUAUGACCAGCCAAUCUGAAGGGUUUCACUGGGGCUGAACAGAAAUAAUUUCCACUUAUACUGUGCUUGUCUUGUCCGCCAUGAUGCACUAGCCAGCAUUUUCAUGGUAACUCUCCAUGCCCCCUCAUCAUUUCCUAUUUUUUGCAAGGGAAUCAUGGAAGAGACUCCAAAUUCUCCAGGAUUAUUUUCUUCAGUUCAUAUGUCUUUAUAAUCUAGAAAUCAUCAUUCCUGUAGCACAGGUCCAACCCAAGAAGGGUCACAAUAUGACCCUUAUGGAAUGCACAAGAGUGACUCCAGUCAUGUUUGACCAUCUUUAUUCAGCACCACACAUGGAUGAGGUACUAGAUAGAACCAACAUUCAAUACAGGAUAUUAAAACAUUGAAUUGAAAA